UUCUAUCUCCACCACUUAUUAUUUGUUUGCCACUCUUAUUUUCCACUCUUUUGUGACUUGAUUUUGAACCACAUCUCUAUAAUCUCAAACUGAAUAGAGUGAGUUUUACUCUAUUCAGUACAAACUUAUCUAAUAAUAUUAUCACUAGAACAAUAGUUUGAUCAUAUUUGAGGUUAAAAUAUGGCAACACAAGCUUUGGUGUCAUCUUCCUUGACUUCAUCAGUGGAAACCGCAAGACAGAUUCUAGGUGCUAGGUCUGGUGUUGCUCCUUCUUCUUCAAGGAGGGCUUCUUUCGUUGUCAGAGCAGCCUCUACUCCACCCGUUAAGCAAAAUGCAAACAGACCCCUUUGGUUUGCAUCCAAGCAGAGCCUUGCUUACUUGGAUGGCAGUCUUCCAGGAGACUACGGGUUCGACCCACUAGGUCUCUCAGACCCAGAAGGAACCGGUGGCUUCAUCGAGCCCAAGUGGUUAGCCUAUGGUGAGAUCAUCAAUGGCCGUUAUGCAAUGCUUGGAGCAGUGGGUGCUAUUGCCCCAGAAAUCCUCGGAAAAGCCGGUUUGAUCCCUGAAGAGACUGCCCUCCCAUGGUUCAAAACCGGGGUGAUCCCACCAGCAGGCACCUACGACUACUGGGCUGACCCAUUCACAUUGUUUGUCUUUGAGAUGGCACUUAUGGGCUUUGCCGAGCACAGGAGAUUGCAAGACUGGUACAACCCAGGGUCCAUGGGCAAGCAAUACUUUUUGGGUCUAGAGAAGGGCUUUGCUGGGUCUGGUGAGCCAGCAUACCCCGGCGGACCUAUCUUCAACCCAUUGGGCUUCGGCAAGGACGAGAAAUCUUUGAAGGAUCUUAAGCUCAAGGAGGUGAAGAAUGGAAGGUUGGCUAUGUUGGCUAUCUUGGGUUACUUUGUACAGGGUUUAGUUACUGGUGUUGGUCCAUACCAAAACCUUCUUGACCACUUGGCCGACCCAGUCAACAACAACAUCUUGACUAGUCUCAAGUUCCACUAAGAAAUUCUCUCUCCUCCUCUUAUGUUCUCAGGGUUACUUCUGGUUUUGUACUAUAUUGCUUCUUCCACUCCUAUGUGCAAAUAUUAUGUGAAUUAAAGACUAUAAUCUACAGACUAAGGAGUAAGGAUUAAAGUUAUUAUCAGUGAUAGUUAUUCAAUCUAAUAGAUAUGCUUUGCUGUGUA